GGGGGCGCUCGUCAGAUGGCCCGUCGGUGUAACAAAAAGGGAAGGGUCGCUUUCCUCUUUCCAGUAUUAUGAAUGAAAGUCUGUUCUUUUAAUUCAUCUUAGAAGUACUUAAUAUCAAACAUUAUCAAGAAGGUGUCGAAAACGAGCUGGACUAAGCUCGUUUAAAUUAGUUCAAGAUGUCUGCGAGUGCGGUGUAUGUCUUGGAUUUAAAGGGAAAGGUCCUGGUGUGCCGAAAUUAUCGGGGAGAUGUGGACAUGUCAGAGAUUGAGCACUUCAUGACCCUUCUGAUGGACAAAGAGGAGGAAGGGACACUGUCUCCAAUCCUGGCCCACGGGGGAGUCCGAUUCAUGUGGAUCAAACACAAUAACCUCUACUUGGUUGCAACAUCCAAGAAAAAUGCUAGCGUUUCGCUGGUCUUCUCCUUCUUGUACAAAAUUGUUCAGGUUUUUUCAGAGUAUUUCAAAGAAUUGGAGGAAGAGAGCAUUAGAGAUAACUUUGUCAUCAUUUAUGAGCUGAUGGAUGAGCUGAUGGACUUUGGCUAUCCUCAGACCACUGACAGCAAGAUUCUGCAAGAAUACAUAACCCAGGAAGGGCACAAGCUAGACACUGGCGCCCCGCGACCCCCCGCCACAGUAACCAACGCUGUCUCCUGGAGGUCAGAGGGGAUCAAGUACAGGAAGAAUGAGGUCUUCCUGGACGUCAUUGAAUCAGUCAACCUCCUGGUUAGUGCCAAUGGCAAUGUUCUACGUAGUGAGAUUGUUGGCUCCAUUAAGAUGCGUGUGUUCCUGUCUGGAAUGCCUGAGUUGCGACUGGGCCUUAACGACAAGGUUCUGUUUGAAAACACUGGACGAGGGAAGAGUAAAUCAGUAGAGCUGGAAGAUGUAAAGUUUCACCAGUGUGUCCGUCUGUCUCGCUUUGAGAACGACCGCACCAUCUCCUUCAUUCCUCCCGACGGAGAGUUUGAGCUCAUGUCCUACCGCCUCAACACUCAUGUGAAGCCCUUGAUCUGGAUUGAGUCUGUUAUUGAGAAGCACUCCCACAGUCGGAUCGAGUACAUGAUCAAGGCGAAGAGUCAGUUUAAAAGACGUUCCACAGCCAACAAUGUGGAGAUCCACAUUCCUGUGCCAACGGACGCUGACUCGCCCAAAUUCAAGACCACAGUGGGUAGCGUGAAGUGGGUACCUGAGAACAGCGAGAUCGUUUGGUCGAUCAAGUCUUUCCCUGGUGGAAAAGAGUAUUUGAUGCGAGCCCACUUUGGUCUGCCGAGUGUAGAAGCUGAAGACAAGGAAGGGAAGCCGCCGAUCAGUGUCAAGUUUGAGAUCCCGUACUUCACCACUUCAGGCAUCCAGGUGCGUUACCUGAAGAUCAUUGAGAAGAGUGGCUAUCAGGCCUUGCCCUGGGUGCGCUACAUCACCCAAAAUGGAGAUUACCAGCUCCGGACCCAGUAGGCAGCACUUCAGCCGGCAGUAGGCAGGUGGAAAUCAGAGGGGGCGGAGUCGAUCCACUAAUGUGCUAUCAAUGGCAGGUGUCAGUCAUGAGACCAGAGGACUGUCAGUAUCUACUUUUGUUUUUUUAUUUGUUGAAGUUAUAUUCAUUUCUGAUCAAUGCAAAUAUUAGAUGGGGCCUUUGGUUAGGCAAGAGUAAAAAGUAAAAGUGAUUAGGUAAUUAUGUUUUACUACUGUGUGGCUCCUAAUGCGAGCAAGGCCAAGGAAAGCAGGAGUAAUGUUUACAUCCAACCGAUACGGUGCAGAGUUGUACACAAUCUAUCACAGUGGGUCAAAUGGCUUGAGAGCAGAUGUUACAAUUCUCAUUUAAAGUUACUGUAAUCAUCUCCACACAGGUCAAUAACGAACUCACCAGUCAGUCGAAAUAUGAUAUUUUUUAUAUGAAGCUGCUCUGUUCUGCCACAAUUCCUUUUUGUUGAUUAUCUGUAUAUAUUUGUUACAUGUUAAUGAACUUCAAUUCAGUGUUAUUAGUUUGAUAGCUCUAAAUUAAAAAGUUCCUUCAUUUUAUAUUAUCAACUUCAUGUGAUGCCAUUGAAACAUGUCAGAGCAUUGCCCUCCUGCUUGGCUGUUGUGCUCUUUAUUUAUCAGUCUGGCUCCCUUGACAUUCAGCUUUGCAAAAAACAUUAAAUGCGGUGAGUUUAGGUUUCACGGUAAACAGAGUACCAGUUGAAAAGGCCUCUUUUCCAGCCCCCUACACCUGUUUCCCUUUUCCCUGGCUGUAAUCAUACUAUUUUAAACCAUUAAAUGUCUAUUUAGAGAAAACUGUU